CCGGGUCGGCGCGCUCGCUUUACCUCUCUGUCAGGGUGAAAAUGGCAGUAAACACCGUUAAUGGGGUAAUACGAGUGUGUAUGAGGUUCACCCGGCCGGCCUGGCCGUUAGCUGGGAGCCUACGGACAGGCUCUUGCUUUCCUGCCUUUGUACGUCAUUGGAGUUCUCAAGAUGUCAAACUGCCUUCAAGCUUUGUCCCAGAGACCUCCUUAUCCAGACCUCCUUGGUCAGAGGUUUCAUUCCCUGACCCUGUGGAAGAGACACAGAGACACCAGGAUGUUGUACAGAAAGUCAACAACCUUCUUGCUACAGGCCAGUGUGGCAGAUUGUUUGCAGUUGUUCAUUUUGCAAGUCGACAGUGGAAAGUAACAAACGAAGACUUGAUUCUUAUUGAAAACCAUAUAGAUGCUGAGUGUGGAGAUCGAAUAAGACUGGAAAAGGUGUUGCUGGUUGGUGGAGAAGAUUUCACGCUAAUAGGAAGGCCUCUUCUUCAACGAGACUUGGUGCGCGUGGAAGCGACUGUUAUUGAGAAGACCGAAUCCUGGCCAAAGGUCCAUAUGCGGUUUUGGAAAAGGCACAGAUAUCAGAGGAAAAGAAUUGUUGUGCAGCCUCAGACAGUACUACGCAUCAACACAGUUGAAGUAGCACCAGGAUUGUCCUGAUCGGCUGUUUUUCUUUCCUGGACAAGUCUGUGCUGUUGGAAAAGACCUUUUUAAAUAUCUAUCUUUACUGGUUACUUUCAAUGAGUUUGUUCUGAUGGGUCUGUUGGCAAGAUUAGUAGUGCUGAUCACCAUGUGAUCCAAUAAAGCAUAUUAUCCUGU